GCUUCAUGUUCCUAGAGAAUCGGCUCAGAAGAUAGUUUUCACUUUUCACGAAGAUGGUCCCUCUCCCUCAUAAAGGGCGCUUUCUCUCUCUCUCUCUCUCUCCCCAACGCUCGCUGCUACUCUCCACUCUCUCUCGUUUUUUUUUUUUAAUAGGAAGGCCACUACCCCCCCCCCUUCUCUCUCUCUCCCUCUCUCUCACAGAGCCCUGUUACCCGGUACAUCUGUUUAUACACCUUUUGCAGUCCCAAGGCUCGUAGAUAAAAGGGAAGAAGGGAAUGAAAAUUAGUUCCUCCACCCAUUCUUCCUGCUAUUAAAUAUUCCGCACCCCAUCUGUGCUUUGGAGCCUUCCAUUUGUAAGCAUUGAAAAGCAUCCCAGCAAAGCUUCUCGUUUCCACCUUUUCAACUUCCCUUUCCCCUUUCCUCGCUUGUUCUAGCACUCUUUGUCUCUCCCCACUUUCUGAUUUUCUGCUACUAUGGUUCUGCUACUACCACUGGUGUUGGACUAGCGUCUUCUGCUUCUUGGACCGUUGUUAUUGCUGUGUUGUUCAUACUUAAUAGAGUCAUUGCUUGCAGAUUCCGCCAUUGGAGGGCGAUCCGAAGGGAUUUUCCUUUGGAUUAUACAACGGUCAAUCCGAUACCAGUGAAGUUUUCCUAGGGAUUAAGUCUCAAAUGUCUCUUGUAAGGAACAAGAGUCUUGUUCCUUCAUCCGCUUGAAAGGAAAAGGGCAGAAGUUCGCCAUUAAUCACAUUUCAGAAGAGCCGUAUCCCUCUUUCUCUGUCUCUCUCCAAGAAAGGAAAGCAGAGCAUGGCGGCCACCGGGAGGAUGUUCCGACUGUGGCUGCUUGCGCUUGUGGGAUGGGCUUCGAUGCUGUCCGCGGUUGAUGCUGCGUACUUCACCACCUGCUCGCAGACGGUGCCCCUGAAGACCCGGCGGGAUGUCAUCUCCAUAACCGACUUCGGAGGAGUCGGGGACGGCCGGACCCUCAACACGUGGGCGUUCAGGAGCGCCAUCUACAGGAUUCAGCACCUCCACCGGCAAGGGGGCACCCUGCUCUACGUGCCGCCGGGCGUCUACCUCACCGGCCCCUUCAAUCUCACCAGCCACAUGACCCUCUACUUGGCCAAGGGCGCCGUUAUCCAAGCCACUCAGGACGCCAGUAGUUGGCCAUUAGUAGCACCCUUGCCUUCUUAUGGGAGGGGGAGGGAGAGGCCUGGAGGGCGGUACAUCAGUUUCAUUCAUGGGAAUAGCAUCCAUGACGUUGUAAUUACAGGUGAGAAUGGAACAAUCGAUGGUCAAGGUCAAGUCUGGUGGAACAUGUGGAAAGAUCGCUCCCUUCAGUAUACAAGACCAAGUCUUUUGGAAUUGAUGCAUUCUAGAGACAUCAUUAUUUCAAACGUGGUCUUCAGGGACUCUCCAUUUUGGAACAUUCAUCCUGUUUAUUGCAGCAAUGUUGUUAUCAAUCAUGUGACAAUCUUGGCACCAGUUGACUCCCCCAAUACUGAUGGAAUUGAUCCAGAUUCUAGUUCUAAUGUGUGCAUCGAAGAUAGCUAUAUAAAUACUGGUGAUGACUUGGUAGCAAUAAAAAGUGGGUGGGAUGAGUAUGGGAUCGCCUAUAAUCGUCGAAGCUCCAACAUCACCAUCCGACGGAUAAGUGGCUCAUCAUAUCCUUAUGCAGGGAUUGCCUUUGGCAGUGAAACUUCUGGCGGGAUCGAGAACAUUUUGGUUGAAAACAUCAAUCUCUACAAUACUUCCACUGGCAUAUUCCUCAAAACGAACGCUGGCAGGGGAGGGAUAAUUCGAAAUAUAACAGUCAGAGAUAUCUACAUGGAGAAUGUGAAGAAUGCGAUCAGGUUUGCAGGAAAUGUUGGCGAUCAUCCCGAUGACAAAUAUAACCCCAAUGCACUUCCAGUUGUGGAUGGCAUCUCAAUCAUUAACGUGUGGGGUAUCAAUGUGAGGAAUCCAGGAUCUCUCGAAGGCAUGCAGAAGUCACCGUUUCAACGGAUUUGUCUUUCAAACAUAAAUCUCAAAGGGACGGCCGCCACUUUGCCAUGGAAAUGCGACAGUAUUGAGGGCUCUGCCCUUGGAGUGCACCCUUGGCCUUGUACCCAACUGAUCAGUACACAGGGUUCUGGCUCCUGUCCUUGAAUUUCUUGGAAUGUUGUUUCUGGCCACUUGUGUCCCUUCCCCACAUUAAAUCUUGUAAUUCAUAUAAUCGUGUAAUGCAUCCUUUUCCUGUGAUAAGAAGUCACCGUCCAUUUGUUCAA